AUGCAAAGCUGAUGUCAGCUAUCUAGCUUCUCCCAACUUUUUGGUAACAGCUUCCAAUUUCCUAUCCUGUUUCGAGGUCCCUAUAUCAACAUUUGGGUUUUAUUGUAUACUAUUUAAAACUCCGAAACAAAUGAAGCCAGUGAAAAUGUUACUGUUAAACUUGCAUUUUUGGAGUACUGUAUCUCACAUUUACCUCAGCUUCUUCAGUAUUCCCUACAUGUAUUACCCGGAAGUCGCGGGGUGUAGCUUGAGUUUAAUGAGAACUACAGGAUCGUUGUUAUAUUUUGGAGUAACUUUCAUAAAUCCAUGAGUCGCAAUUAUUAUAUACAUAACAUUAUUUACCAUGGCAUAGAACACCGGUGACCACGUGAAAUACAUCAGUGGAACAUUGAUGAUAAAAAAUGGGAUUGCUAAUUGCAAGAUUAUGGCGUUCAUAAGCUUUUUCUCUAACUCUAAAGUUUGUUUAGAGCGGAAUAGGCCGUAUUUCUGAUGCUAAUUGUGCAGAAGCCGUACCGGGAAUUUAUUCUCGGUUGGUUUGAGAGAUGUUUGAAACGGAACUUGUCUCGUCGCCAUCUUUUCGGUAGAGCUUCAAACUCGAUGAAUGGAGUAGUGGCGCCAAAUCGCAUGUUUUGA